GCGGAUUCUGAUUGGACCGCUGCGCUUUGAGAAAAACAGGUUGCGCCAUAUUGUCCUGUUUCCGAGGAGAGCGCUUCAUUUCUGCAAAAAAUGACUAAAUAGCUUUACUGGUUUUAAGAUGGCUCACACUGGGACACUGGGAGGCGCAUCCAUGGAGGACAGCUCCGACACGCAGGGGUCUAGUGUCUGCAUGCGAAGUCGCCCAUGCUCCAGCGAGAGAGACGGUCAGGUACGGGCUGUCAAAGCCGCCCUUCAGUCCCGGCUGGGGCCCUACGAGCCCGUCCUGACCUACCUGCAGUCCGUCCUGGUGUGGGAGAGACCUCUCCAGUGUGUGCUUCUCUACACCGCGGUCAACAUUGUGUUCUGGUUCUUCGCCUUGACCUCACUGCGCCUCCUGUUCCUGCUGGCUUCUGGUCUGGCUGUGGUUGUCAGUGUUGAUACCUGGAGAAACAAGAUCUGGCCAGAAAUCAGAGUCCAAAACGUGGAUGAGUCCGAAAAUGAGAGUUUUGUUAAUUUGUCCAGCUGGGGUCUGGUGCAGCCUGGCAUCAUCAGUGUGCCUGAAUUGUGCCACCAUAUUGCUGAGGCCUGGGUCAGCGGAACGGUUCUCCAGUCUAAUGUGGUUCAGUACAAACGACACAACCCUGGCAAGUUUUGCAUCCUGACCUGUGGAGUGUUCACCUGUCUGGCUAUGGUUGGCCGCUACAUUCCUGGCUUGGUGCUUUCCUACUCUGCCUUGUUAGCUACUCUCCUGGCCCCUCUGGCAGCCUAUCACAAGGUUUUUCAGCAUGUGUGGGUGAAGCUGGAGCCAGUCCUGCAGCGGCUGGAUUUCAGCGCCACUGGAUACAUGAUGUCAAAGCCUAUUGAUAAUCAGUUUCUGCGGAGGCCGAUCCGUGGUGCCGGUUCCGGUGAAGCCAGCGACAGUGAAGAGGAGUUGGCUGCUUUCUGCCCAACAUUUGAUGAUGCGGUUGUUGCAAAGGAGCUUGCGCUGACAGACUCUGAGCACUCUGACGCUGAGCAGUCCUACACCGACAAUGGAACAUUUAACCUAUCACGUGGUCAGACCCCACUCACAGAGGGCUCUGAGGACUUUGACAGACACAGUGAUGCUGAGGAAUCCUUUGCUGCAGACCUCCAGGACUUCCCCUCCAUAAACCCCGAUGCCACUCUGAUGGAUGACGACGACGACACAAGCAUCGGGUUACCUAGCCUGGCUCUAUCCGGGCUAGCUAGCCAUCGGGCUUCAGUGCUGGAUGCUCAUCUGGACUCGGACCAGGAGGAUCUGGAUGAAGAGCUUUCUCUCAGCGGCCUGCCACCUGCCUCUGAUUUCACUGGAGACUUGGCAGGAAUCAUCGCCAGCAACAUGAUCCAGGCGGCGUUGGCCGGGGCAUUGCAGCCCCGGCCUCCUGCUGCUCACCGCAGAGAAGGCCCUCCCAAGGCCAGAGCCCACCGGAGCUACCGCAAGCAGUCCAGCUCCGAGCUGGACACAGACAUGGAUGGAGAGGACUUUGAAAUGCUGGAUCAGUCUGAACUGAACCAGAUGGAUCCCACUGGUGGAGGAGGGGGUAGUAGACGGGGAGAGAGCCAGGGGUCUAACUUCUUAUCUAGCCUGCUGGGUAAACCACAGUAGUUGGUGUGUGUGUGUGUGUGUGUGUGUGUGUGUGUGUGUGUGUGUGUGUGUGUGUGUGUGUGUGUGUGUGUGUGUGUGUGUGUGUGUGUGUGUGUGUGUGUGUGUGUGUGUGUGUGUGUGUGUGUGUGUGUGUGUGUGUGUGUGUGUGUGUGUGUGUGUGUGUGGAUGAGCUGUGAAUGUGAUGAUAGAUUCCAGCAGACCUGCUUCUGAUUGGCAUCAGUUUAUCACUGUGAAGUAUUUUAUUUUUUCAAACUUUCUCCUCUACCUUUAAACCCUGAUCAUCCAGAAAAAACUACUUAUACUUUGUAGGCUGAGCAAUAGGAAAUGCAGCUACAAAAAAACACAUAGACAAUAAAUAAACCAGCAUUAAUGAGCCUUGUUGCAGUUAAGAGGGUUUUUAUUAUCGACAUUAAAUGAAGAACAACAUUUCCCAUUAAUCUUUUCUACAGGGAGGUCUAGACAUACAGGGCUAUUUAACAUGGGACCAAACAUGACAUUCCUGUUGGUUGAGCUGAGCCAUGUUGAUUAAACGCCAACGUGAAACAGCAUUUCCAUGUUUUGCCUUUAAGUGAGUGAAAUAUUUGAGAUGGAUAAAUCAGUCCCUGCUUUUCCAUGACAUUUAGUCAAAAAAACAGUUUAUAUCUCUGUAGAUGUUCAUUCUCUGUCCAUUCAACUGACAUGAGGCUAUGAUCUGUUAGAAGUUAUUUGAUGUUACAGGUAAACAGAAGAAUUUCUUUUAUUUUCCAAACACUUGUGGAUUUGAACAGAGAUUCUCCUCUAUUAAGAAGAUGAAUAAUAUUCGGAUCAAAGUUUCAGUUACUUUUCUGUGUGGUUUUCUGCUGAAGACAUUCAUAUAUUAUCAGUUGCUUAUUUUAUUAUUUUAAAAGUCACAUUCGUCUUAAGAUCUCUGACCCAGUGGAGCAUUUGAAGUUAUGUUUUUUGUGCCCCAGGGUGAGAUGAAUAUCUUUUUAUCUGAAUAAGUUCAUUUCCCUGCCCUUUAAUACAGCUCAGUAAAACAUUGUAUUCAUUUUUAAUAUCUUGAAACGAGCCCUCAGCUUGGUUUCUUUUUCAGAAGAGAUAUUUAAACACAUUUCUUUGUUUUUAUCAUCUUAGAUUUUCUUGUAGUCGACAGUCAUGCUGAACAUUUUAAAGAGAAAAGUCUAAUAUUCUUCUAUCGAUGGAUAUUUUACUAUUUUAAUGAGGAAACAUGUUUACAUUAAAAUGGACUAUAGAAAGUUGUCCUCGUAUCCUUUUUCUGAGUAUUAUUGGCUUUGUGGGAUGACCAGCCAGAUCUCUACUCGAUGGACAAACCAUAUCUGUGUCAUAAUUUUACAGUGGACACGGCACGUCAAACACACACAAGCUACCGUUAAGAUUUAAUAUUUAAAAGCGUGUAAGAAUGCUGGGAGACACAUUGCUCGCUUUCAUUGUGUUAUUUAGAGAAGACAAGCUGUAGUUGCGAGAGCUGGAUCCACACUCAUGGAAGUGAUGUAGAAAAGUGCACUGAUAGGACAUCGCUGGGAUUUUGAUGCUAAAUAAAAACGAGGAGAAGUUCAUAUCAGUUUGUUUGACCACCUCAGUUACAGAGAAAGUUGCUGCUCUCUUUAUAGUCACCUCCUCAAUGAGUUACCUGUUGUCAGUUUGAUAAUGUCAUGUGCAUAGUAGUUGUAUUUUCUCUGUAUCUGGUUUUGAUAUGUUUUGAUGUGCAAAUCAUGUUGAAUAAAAUGUUUGCAAUUA